AUGAAAGUGGUAAAAAGGUACGAUGGAGUGAUAAUGACAGCUACAAAGGCAGAGCGAAGCCUAUCAACAAUACAGCCAUUGAUAAUUCCUACACUGCUCCAAUCUGCCUUCCAGGCAUUGAAUUCUAAUGGGGCGAUCGGCCCUUGCAUGCUGAUUCCAGAGGAAAUACCUACGUGUGCCGCCGCUGAAAUUAUUUUGUUAAAUGUGCGAGCUAGCUACCGUCUCUGA